AUGAGGAGGAGGAGCAGCUUGAGUCUCCCGUCAGUGCCACAGCUCGCUUUCACUCUGAUCUACAUCAUGGAGCUGCCCCAACUGCUGCCUCUGGUUCUGCUCAUCUUUGUGGACCAGAGCGAGUCCCUGAACUUGCGACACAAACCAGCCUGUCGAUACCCGCCAUCCCAGUGGUGCCACUCUCUGGAGAUCGCUGUCCAGUGCGGUGUGCAGAGACAGUGCAUGGAGCUGAACGCCUCCCAAUUCUACACCACAGCUCCUCCAGUGUCGGUCACUCUCUACUACAAGAGUCUGUGUCCAGCCUGCAGGGUUUUCAUCACACAGCAGCUGUUCCCCACCUGGACCAUGCUGCAGGACAUAAUGACCGUGUCUCUGGUUCCAUAUGGCAACGCUCAGGAAGUGUCCUCAGCAAACGUUCCAUUCAGGUGUCAGCAUGGAGAACCAGAGUGUCGUGGAAAUAUGAUCGAGGCUUGUGUUCUCCAUCUGGCUGGACAAUCGGCUUUCCAGAUCAUCUACUGUAUGGAGUCAUCUGCUGACGUGCUCAAUGCAUCCAAACCAUGUCUGCAGCUCUACGCUCCUUCUAUCUCCUGGAAAAGUGUGGAAACCUGCGUGUCAGGAGGUCUGGGCCGAAGACUGAUGCAUGCUAAUGCUGCCAGAACCAGAGGUCUGACACCUGCACAUACUCAUGUCCCCUGGGUGACCUUUGACGGGGAGUACACUGAUGAGAAUGAGGACCUGGCCAUGGCAUCCCUCUUUCAUUUGAUUUGCCAACUUUACAAGGGUGUGAAGCCACCGUCCUGCACCGGGACACCUGUCAGACUAGACCGAAGUGUCUGUUGAACAUCAAAAGCCAACCGAAUUCUAACGCUCUGAGAACCUUUUCAAC